CGGCAGCGGCGAGGGGAUCAGCAGUCGGGAUUACUGCCGACGCUUCUGUCAGGUGGUUGAAGAUUAUGCUGGAAGAUGGCAAGUCCCUUUGCCACAGCUUCAGGUUCUACAGACUGCACUUUGUUGUUUUACAUCAGCCAGUGCAUCGUUCCCAGAUGAGUGUGAGCACGUACAGUAUGUUUUGAGUAGUCUUGCUUUGAGUUUCUUUGAGUUGCUGCUAUUUUUUGGAAGAGAUGAAUUUUAUGAAGAGCCCUUAAAAGACAUUCUUGGAUCAUUCCAGGAAUGCCAGAAUCACCUCCGCAGAUAUGGAAAUGUGAAUCUGGAACUGGUGACUCGAAUCAUUAGAGAUGGUGGCCCAUGGGAAGAUCCAGUGUUGCAAGCUGUUCUUAAAGCCCAGCCAGCAUCUCAGGAGAUAGUGAACAAAUACUUAAGCUCUGAAAAUCCACUGUUCUUUGAGCUGCGUACCAGAUACCUAAUUGCUUGUGAACGCAUACCAGAAGCAAUGGCUCUUAUUAAAUCUUGCAUAAAUCAUCCAGAAAUCAGUAAAGACUUGUACUUCCAUCAAGCACUCUUCACGUGUCUGUUUAUGUCACCUGUAGAAGAUCAGGUAUUCCGGGAGCAUUUGUUGGCAACUGAUUGUAAGAGUAGAAUCGAUAUCAUCUGUAAUACUGAAAAGGAAGGCAAGACUAUGUUAGCCUUGCAACUAUGUGAAUCCUUUCUUAUUCCACAGCUCCAGAAUGGAGAUAUGUACUGUAUCUGGGAGUUGAUUUUCAUAUGGAGCAAACUACAGCUUAAAUGUAAUCCUUCAAAACAAGUUUUUGUAGAUCAGUGCUACCAGCUUUUAAGAACAGCAACUAAUGUGAGAGUCAUAUUUCCUUUCAUGAAAAUCAUUAAAGAUGAGGUUGAAGAAGAAGGCUUACAAAUUUGUGUUGAAAUAUGUGGUUGUGCUCUACAACUAGACCUUCAUGACGAUCCCAAAACUAAAUGUCUCAUCUAUAAAACAAUUGCUCACUUCUUGCCAAAUGAUUUGGAGAUCCUCAGAAUUUGUGCACUCUCAAUAUUUUUUCUUGAGCGUUCCCUGGAAGCAUAUCAUACUGUUGAACAGCUUUACAAGCAUCCAGAUGAAGAAUAUAAUGAAGGCACAAGUAGUGUUCAAAAUCGUGUUCGCUUUGAGUUACUUCCAAUUUUGAAGAAGGGGUUGUUUUUUGAUCCUGAAUUUUGGAACUUUGUAAUGAUUAAGAAAAACUGUGUAGCAUUAUUGAGAGAUAAAUCAGCAGUUAAAUUUUUAAGUGAACGUACACUGGAAAAUUCCACAGGCAAUCUGAAAAAGACAGUGGAACGACAAGGUUUCAAUGAAGGGCUUGACUGUUUUACAGAUCCCACUACUGGAGAGUUUUACCUUGAUGACAUAUUUGGAGUGCAAUCUAAAGGUCAUACUAAUCCAAAGAAAAGCUUAACUGUACUUAAUGCUUCUAAAGUAGAUCACAAUGUCCCCAGGCAUCGGUGUGUGCUAUGCAACAAGGAGUUUCUAGGUGGUCACAUUGUAAGGCAUGCCCAGGCUCAUCAAAAAAAGGGCAGUUUUUCAUGUGUAAUAUGUGGAAGGAAAUUUAGAAACAGAGGACUUAUGCAGAAGCACUUAAAAAAUCAUGUUAAGAAAAUUCAGAGACAGCAAAUUGCUGUAGCUCAACAGGAGGAUCAGGCAGUCCCUGUUUUGGAAGAAAUAAAUUGUUCUGAUUCUUCAAUUUCAUAUGAAAAUGGAAAUACUGAUAAUAAGAAUUUGGAAGUAAAGUCAGUUGCUGCUUCCACUGAUGGAAACAAAGAUGUCAUCUCUGAGCAUGUGACCGAAUUCAUAGAAAUUCCUGUAAGUGUACCCGAAGAUGUUAUUGAGAACAUUAUUAAAAUUGGCAGCUCUGAUACUCAAGUUCUAGAACCUCUGCCUGUAUGUGAAGAUGAUGAUGAAGAGGAGGAAGAAGGUGAUUAUGAGGAAGAUGAUUAUGAUCUGAAUCAAGAAACUUCAGUGCUUCAUAAAAUCAAUGGAACUGUGUGCCAUCCUAAAGACAUAUAUGCUACUGAUCAAGAAGGAAACUUUAAGUGCCCUGCCUUUGGCUGUAUCAGGAUAUUUAAAAAAAUUGGAUUUCUAAAUAAGCAUGCAAGGACUGUACAUCCAACUGAUUUAAAUGUACGGCAAACAGUUAUGAAGUGGAGCAGAGGAAAAUGUAAAUUUUGUCAGAGGCAGUUUGAAGAUUCACAACAUUUCAUAGAUCACCUUAAUAGACACAGCUAUCCAAAUGUGUACUUUUGCUUACAUUUUAAUUGUGGCGAGUCCUUUAAGCUGCCAUUCCAGCUUGCUCAGCAUACAAAAAGUCACAGGAUAUUUCAAGCUCAGUGUAGUUUUCCAGAAUGUCAUGAGCUUUUUGAAGAUCUUCCUCUCCUAUAUGAACAUGAAGCUCAGCACUACUUAAGUAAAACACCUGAGUCAUCUGCACAACCAAGUGAGUCAAUUUUAUGGGAUGGUCUUACAGACUCAAAUCCUAAUCAUCAGGAAAAAGACUCAUCUCGUAACGAGACACAAACUAUUAGUCUGCCAGUUUCUACUAGCAAAUUAAGGAACGAUUAUAUGGAACCAAAGACAUGUAUAGCAAGUACAGAAAAGAAAGUAGACAGUUUAGCUCAGAAUGGAAACGAACAUUCUGAUGAUGCUGUUUCAGAUACAAGCUUGAUAGACCAAAAGAUGCCUGACAUAGAGCCAAAUUCUGAAAAUAAUUGUACCACUAGUGAUCAAUUAAUCAAUGGACACAGUGAAAUAGGACAGACACCUUUAAUUUCAUCAGAUCCUGCUUUGAAAAUUGACACAAAUAGAACCAGGACAGAAAAUGGUUCCAUUUUACCGAAUGUUGUACCACAAGAACUCAGUACCCUGCCAGUGUCUCAGGCACCUUCCAAACCAAAUCUGACCAGUGAACAGACUUCAUAUGGCUUAAUUUUAACAAAGCCAUAUGUCAGACCAUUGCCUCCCAGUUACCUUGAUGAACGGUAUUUAAGUAUGCCAAAACGCCGAAAAUUUCUGACUGAUAAAGUAGAUGCCUGUUCGGAUCAAGAUAAUGUUUGUAAAAAGUCAAUGAAAAGAUUAAGAUGUGGCAAAUGCCUGACCACCUACUGUAAUGCAGAAGCACUUGAGGCUCACCUUGCACAAAAGAAAUGUCAGACACUCUUUGGAUUUGAUUCAGAUGAUGAAAGUAAGUCUUCUGUCUUUUCAGUAGGUAUAUCUGGAGACAUAGAAAAUGCUUUAAUAGAUUUAUAUAGUUAAACAAAUGAACAUUGUAUAGCACAAGUAAUAAAAACCAUUACUCUAAAGGUUAUUGUAAUAUACAUAAUGACCAUGAGGUGAUAAUCUUUUCCUGUUUUAUAAAUCAAGCAAUGAAAUUCACAAAAGUUAAGUACUUUGGGGUAGGCUCAGGCCAGUGAACUGUAGAAGAACACUUGAACCACAAGUCUUUCACACUCAUUGAUCAUACUUUUCACUAUUAUCAAAAGCUUUUCUUUAUUCCAAGUUUAUUGUAGUGAAAUGUCUAGAAACAGAAUGAUUAUGAUGAAAACAUGUUUUCAUCUACAUUUCAGAAUUUAAGCUUAGAUGAACAGUAAUAAAAAUGAAAAAUAAGCAAACAGUAAUUUAAAAAGAAAAAGCAAUGAAAGUUAAGCUAAGAGCAAUAUACUUUGAAUGAAGAAGGGUAUAAAUUAAACAGAAAUCUGACUUAGAAUUUCAUUUAAAUCUAUAUUCAGUUUGAAUUAACAGAAAUGUUCUAUUUUACAGGUGCCUGAUAAAAAUUGUUUCAGAAAGAUCUAUCAAGCAGUAGUAUGAAAAAAAAAGCACUACAAGAAAAUGCAUCGUCAGUUUGCUAUUUCCCUGAUGGCCUUAAUUUUAGAACGGUCUUGGAUUACUAAAGAUAAAAUCAAAGCACAUUUUCUAUAAUGAACUUAUAGGAAUGUGCAGUUUUAAACUCCUAAAGGGUUACUGCAGAACUCCCAAAGUACCAGCUAUCCAAUAAACCACACUUAAAAUUAGUUUGUGAUAAUUUAUAGCAGCAUGUUCAGUUUCAUAUGUGUGAGAAAGGUGUUCAAGCGAUUAGUCAGAAAGAAGAACCAACUAUGGCCUUACAGAAAGGGAAGUUAACCCAUUUUUUUUUAAAAGGUUGAUUUAUGAUUAAAGUAUUGUUAAGAAUGAAACUUGUUUUCCUUUUAUGCAUCAUCUGGUCAUGUACUCCCUUCUGGUCAAACGGUGUAAGGAACAAUUGCUAUUUGGUUUGUGCUAUAAUUUAGAAACUGAUUCAUUAAAAUAAAAUUUGAUUCAUCACCAUAUUAUACAUUAAAUAUUGUAACUUGUUUCCAGGUGAUUAGACAGGCAAGAGAAAAUUCAAUUAAUGAAUUUAAAUGCCAACAUUUUAAAUAAAAUUAAAAUACAUUGAAAACCACUCGCUUGCUAAUAAGUUCUUGAUAGGACCUUCCAUUUUUGUAACAAAUUAUGCUUAAAAGGCAGCAGUGUCGGUUAAAAAGAAAAAAUAAAGCCAUCAUUCUUCGUAAAUAGGGUCAGCAAAAAAAAGACUCUCAAAGAGGUGGAUUGACACAGCUGCAACAUAGCAUACGCAUCAGUGAUUGUGAGGGGACGGUGCAGAACUAGGUGGUGGUUGAUUCUUUCAUACAAGGGGCUGCCAUGAGUCGGAACUAACUUGACAGCCCCUAGUAACAAAAACCAUCAGUAACUGGGGAAACAGGAGGAAUCUAAGACCAUUUCAGGCUACACAGUUGAGGAAAACACUGAAUUGCAAAUUCUUCAAUGUGAAUAAUGGUAUAAGCACACUGGGAUAUUUCUAUUUGAAUAUAGAAUAGUAUUAGGAUAGUGCUUGGUGACUUAUCAUAAAGUCUUUAGGCAUUAAUGUGAGUUACCUAAGCACAGUCUAUAAGGAUAACUGGCUUAAAAAAUAUAUAUGUCAGCUAUGAAUCAGGAAAAAUAUUCAUUGAUAUUAUCCAAUUAGGAGAUUUAACUCCCCAAAUAAGCCAUACUACUCAUGCUUUUUGGUUCAGUAGAGAUGAAUUUGAUCUGAACAGUAAUUUUUAUAUCUACAAAAAUAUUUGCAUAAGAACAUGAGAUGUGUCGAUGAAUUCUUUGCCUUGGUGACCAGUAAUUUUCCUAAGGAAGAUUGUAACUAAAUAGUCAAUAAAUUGUUAAAACAAUACAUGUUUUUAAAAAUACCAUUUGAAAUUAGAUGUUUUCUGCUUGUCCUUUCUUGAAAAGGGGAAGCCUAAGAACCUCCUCCUAUCUAGUACAACUAGUAUAUUGUUAAUCUGCAGGCAUGAAAAGUACAAAAAUGGAAAGGACAUUUUUUAAAUGGAGCUAUUAAUGCACCCGUAGCAACUAAAUAUAUUCGGUUUUUCCAACUGAUAACUCUUUUGUUCAAAGCAGAUAAUCUCAUCAGGCCCUCCUAUAACAAAUUUCAAAUUCUCAGCAAUCAGAUUACUGACAACUUGGGACAUUUCUUCCUGGGUAUCAUCCAGACUUUAUUGAAUUAGGAUUUCAAGGUCAUUAAACAGCAGAUGACCUAGAACUUUUUUUGUACUAAUUAAUUUAUCAAAGAGUAUCACUAUGCAAUUAUGGUCAGAAGUUCAUUCCAAUACAAUUUGUUGUUUUUUUUUGUUUUGUUAAUGUAGCCUAUAUUAGGCUGUAGAAUUUAUAUUUAAGUAAUUAAAACUCAAGUCAGAUUUCUUAAUCCUUUCUGUCAACUAUACAAAAAGUUUUCCAUACUUUCUGACAAUAAAAAUAUAGUAAAUUCUAUUUCAGUUCAGUUUUUAAAGUAUCUGAUGUAAUAAAAAGCUCGUUUGAAACUUGUUUAUUUGGAAAUGUUUUUCUUGAACUAUAGUUUUUGAUUUGUACAUUUUCCAAAAGUUUGAAAUACCUUUUAAAAUUUUAUCACUUUUUUUAAUAGAAGUUGUAACCACUGGCAUAAAUACAUGCCCACAAAUUUUUAACAUUUUCAUUAAUUUCCCAGUUCACACUAAGAUGCUUUUAAACAUAUCCCACUAUUUUGUUGUCUUUAAUUUGAGGUUUUAUGUCUCCUUUUGUUCUAACAGAACGGUUUCUGAAAGGAGGAGGGCAAAUUGGUUAUAUAUAGCUAAAUCAAAGGUUUGAAAAAUUCUAUUUGACCAGGUUUCAACCUCUAUAUAUUUCUCCAAUAAUCUCUAUUGAAAGAAUAUGUACAUUUUAAUAUUAUGUGUCAUGUAAAACAUCAACCUAAAUCAUUUUUGCUUUUAUGGGGUACAUAAACUCCCACAGUCCUAAUUUGGAAUUCAGAAGAAAGCUCUUUUUAUUCACGGAAUCUGCUGGGUUUCUUCCUACUUUGCUACUCCUGUUUCAACAAUGUUGAUCUUUUAUGGACCAAAUUUCAAACCCUUGUUUUUAAAUAAAAAUUUCCUUUAAGAAAUUAAACCGUAAUUUUCUACCGUGUUUUAGUGAGAUCAAGAAAAUAGCAAAUCUGAGGUUUUGCUGCUUGGAUGUGGUGGAGGAAGAAAAAGGGGCAUUUUGUGGGCAAGGACACUGGUACUUUGGGCUUUAGCCAUAUUCAUUUAAACCAAUUAAAUAAUUUGAGUAGAUAACUUAGAACAUUCAACUUUGAUUUUUUUUUUCCCCAUCACACUGAAGGUUCAGCUGUACUCCUUUCAUGUUUGGUUUAAUACUGUAUGGAUGAAAACCUCAAAGAUGAUAGUGUUUAUUUUUUAAUUUAUUAGGUACUGUAAAAACACUUCAGAAUGAUUAAUGCUGCAUAUGCAUUUUGGAAUUGUUAACAUGACAGAUAUUAAGAUUCAGCAAGAAAGGAAAUUUGUGCUUCCUUGUUGAACAUUAAAUUGUUUCACUUUGCAUUUUAUAAGAGUACAAGUUAAAACUGAGCCAUUGAACUGCAAUAAAAUCAACAAUAGUGUUUCAUUUCAAGAAAUUUUUUUGUAUUGUACAUAGAUUUGUUCAAUAAAACAUUGUCCUUGUUGGUAA